CGGUCGGUAUAUAAAUCCUCAGGGAUUUCGAAGGGUCCAUGUCAGUCACACCAGCCCCCGGCUUGUCUGAGCUUCUCCGCAUCCAGGUCACCGUCCCAACAGCAUAAUGGCACCCAAGAAGGCCAAGAGGAGGCAAGCAGCAGAAGGCGGUUCCUCCAACGUCUUCUCCAUGUUUGAGCAGAGCCAAAUUCAGGAGUACAAGGAGGCCUUCACUGUGAUUGACCAGAACAGAGACGGUAUCAUCAGCAAGGAUGACCUGAGGGACACUUUCGCCGCCAUGGGCAGUCUGAAUGUGAAGAAUGAGGAGCUGGAAGCCAUGGUCAAGGAGGCCAACGGCCCCAUCAACUUCACCGUGUUCCUUACCAUGUUUGGGGAGAAGCUCAAGGGUGCUGACCCCGAAGACGUCAUCAUCGCAGCAUUCAAGGUGUUGGACCCUGAGGGCAAAGGCACAAUCAAGAAGGAAUUCUUGCAAGAACUGCUGACCACUCAGUGCGACAGAUUCUCUGCAGAGGAGAUGAAGAACUUCUUCACAGCCUUCCCUCCAGAUGUUGCCGGCAACGUGGACUACAAAAACGUGUGCUACGUCAUCACACACGGAGAGGAGAAGGACCAGGAAUAAACUGUCCCCCACCAGUGACUUCCCACUCCUUUCACCCGUUCCCUUUGCCUUCUGCCCCAGCCAGAGGUAUUGGGAACCUCCCGCCACCCUCAUCCCCUUCCAGCACCAGACGCACCAUCCCACCCUUCAGAAGCACGUGUCUCCGGUCCAGCUCCCCUCCCUGUCCACUCGGCUCCCCCCUCCGACUCUCUCUCUCUCAGUCCAGUCUUAAAAGAAGAAAGCCGCCGGCGAGCGAGCUGACCAUCGUCUUAAUGAACCCGAAGCCACGAGCCUCUCCCCACUCAGCGCUCACAAACGGCCCUUUUAUAAUAAAAGACCCCGGAGGCGCGGGGGGAGAGCAAGAGAGAAGGGGGCCAAGGCGGACCUCCUUAAAGCGACGGCCGUUCUUGGGGAGAGGGGGGCGGGAGUGAAAACGGGAGUGAGACGGGGAGCAGGGCGAGGUCUGCGGCCGAUCGGCUGCGCCCUCUCAGC